GCGCGCCGCUGCAUUGUUUGGUCAUCAACUCAUCAUUCGCGAAAAUGGCGGCCGUGUUGGACGAGGUCGGCAAGUCCGCCGAGAAACUCGUGGACGAGGAGAAAGACGAGAUCGUCGACGUCGAGGACAAGACCGGGGCGGCGGAGGCGUCGAAGAAGAAGAAGAAGAAAAAAAAGAAGAAGAAGGCCGGUGCUGGAGAAGCCAGUGCAGAUGUGCCGGAAGGGGAAGACGAUAAGGCCAAGGAUGAGGACGCAGUGGCCGAAGGCACCGCCGAGGUGACCACCGAGGCGACCGCUGAGGCGACCGAGAACAACGGCGAGAACGAGGAGGCCAAGAAGAAGAAGAAGAAGAAGCGCAAACCCAAAGACAAGGGUGGCAUUAAGCAGCAGACGGAUCCGCCGAGAAUUCCCGUGUCGGAAUUAUUCCCGGACGGCAAUUUUCCAGUCGGGCAGGUGAUGGUUCACGGCUCCGCCGGGAUAGACGACAGGAUGGCGAAGAUGCGCUUCACGAGCGAGGAGGCGCGCGCCCUCGACAGAAUGCACAAUGAUAUUUACAAUGAGGCGAGACAGGCGGCCGAGGCGCAUCGACAGACGAGGAAGCACAUCAUGAAAUGGAUCAAGCCGGGAAUGACCAUGAUAGAGAUUUGCAACGAGCUGGAGGAGACCGCUCGGAAGUUGAUAGGCGAGGACGGCCUCCUGGCCGGACUGGCCUUCCCGACCGGUUGCUCCCGCAACCAUUGCGCGGCCCACUACACCCCGAACGCCGGCGAUCCGACCGUUCUCGAGUACGACGACGUCACCAAGAUCGACUUCGGCACUCACAUCAACGGCCGUAUCAUCGACUGCGCGUUCACCCUGACGUUCAAUCCCAAGUACGACAAGCUGAUCGAGGCUGUCCGCGACGCCACCAACACCGGUAUCAAGGCCGCCGGUAUUGACGUGCAAUUGUGCGACGUUGGUGCCGCUAUUCAGGAAGUCAUGGAAUCGUACGAGGUGGAACUGGACGGCAAGACGUAUCAGGUAAAAUCGAUUAGGAAUCUGAACGGCCACUCGAUCUCACCCUACCGCAUACACGCCGGGAAAACGGUGCCGAUAGUCAGAGGCGGCGAGGCAAUUCGCAUGGAGGAAAACGAGUUCUACGCGAUCGAAACCUUCGGAUCUACCGGUAGAGGCGUGGUCCACGACGACAUGGAAUGCUCGCACUACAUGAAGAGUUUCGACGCCGGUUUCGUGCCAUUGAGAUUGCAGAGCAGCAAGUCUCUUCUCAACACUAUUAACAAGCACUUCGGUACUUUGGCAUUUUGCAAGCGCUGGUUGGACCGCGUCGGCUGCACCAAGUACCAAAUGGCGCUGAAGGAUCUCUGCGAGAAGGGCGCCGUGGAGGCGUACCCGCCGUUGGUCGACGUCAAGGGCUGCUACACCGCUCAGUUCGAGCACACGCUCGUUCUGCGCCCCACAUGUAAAGAAGUUAUUUCCCGCGGUGACGAUUAUUAAAAAGUCGCGACCGUUGUUUUCACCGUGAAUUAUUGUCGGAUGUCUCAAGGUGUGUAUUUUAAUCUCGAUGUAACAUCAUUGUCGAAGCAUCGCGUAUUCCGCACAGUGUUCGAUGCGAUUAAGAGUAAUCAUUGUAAUACGUUUAGCGACCGUGGUUUCUGAGUGUGAUGUACUGCUAUCUUUCUUUUCUUUGACCACGUAAAGUCGCGACGCCGCGAGUUUCGACAUAAACGACAAAAACGUCACCGGCAACGUCUGCAGAACGCCAGAUGUCACCGUGUGGCGCUUAGAGAUAUACGUUUCUUACAUUUUCCCGUUUUUUUUUUAUUUUCACUAGUACAUGUACUUCGACAAAAAAGGAUCUGUACUCGCUGUUAUAUUUCUCGCAACGUUCUUUUUUUAAUCCACUUUAUUACUUGGUUCCUUACACGUUGGAAUGGAAAUGACGGGGGUUUGAUGUUUAGUGUUGAAUAAAAUAUAUUUGGAAUCCGA